GCCGCUCCGCUCCAUUGUUACCUUCACCACUUCUUCUUUUCUUCUUUUCCCCCCGUCCGUCGUCUGUAUCCCGAGUUCCGAGAACGCACACUCCCUGCUGCACGAGUCUCUCCUUGAUCCUUUUACUUUAAUCCUAUCAUUACCAUUCACGUUUGCAACUUUCACUCAUUUAUUCGGCAUUUGACGACUGGAGGGAGGUUGUAGUGCAUAAUAAGGGCGGCAUGGGGGUUUUCCGGGUUCUGGUGUCGUAUAUUGCGCCGCUGUUGUGUGUCUCCUCUCUCUCUUCCCUUCCGCCAAGGCUCUGGCGACUGACCGUGGGAGGGCAGUAUCGUUACGAGCCCGCUUACCAGUUAUGCGGAUCAGGUACGGGGUGACAAUAUGAUAGAGAUAAAGAUCGAGGUUUAGGAGUGGGGAGGACUGAUUUUGAGGGCAAAUUCUUAGAUCAGGAAUAUACACGUAACAAAGUCCUCCCGAGGCUUUUCGCUGGACGUAUGUUGGAUGAAUUGACCUGGAGCUCCACGAUGCGGCACAAAAUGGAUGAGUGGGUGAAUGAAGCUAAUGGUGGUGCUAUCUAUCCGUCAGACACCCUUGAUAAUGCUCAUAGCAUCCAUACUCCGCUGCUUCUACUGGCUCGGGGCGGAUUUUGAAACGAGCCUUUUAAUACAGAGUCCUCCCCCCCCCCCCCAAUUUUUUCCCUUUAAAGAAAAUGAACAGAACUGAGACAAGAAUCUUCCAGGCAUAAUAAUGAUAUUCGUCCAACUUCUCCUCCUAAAAGUUGCCCUAGACUACCGCCCACCCUCUUACCCCCCACUCUCACCCACAACGCCUACCGCCUCCCACUCCCCGCCCUUCCCACCAUACCCGCCAACCCCACGGCCUUACAACUUCUGGCAAUGGUCUUCGCAAAAGCCUUACUGGACCUUCCUCCUCUACUUCACCCUAACAGCGCUGACCCUACACUUACUCUUCGGCUCUAGCCAGUUCUUCGUCGACGUGGUCGGGUACUUAGCCCUGGGCGUGGAAGCUACUCUACCAAUACCGCAGGUGCUCUCGAAUCAGAGGAGCCGCUCGUGCGCUGGCUUCCGCCUAAGUGUGUUGGCUAGCUGGCUGCUCGGUGAUGUGAUGAAGAUGCUGUAUUUCUUCUCGGCCGAGCACGUGGAUGUGCAGUUCAAGCUCUGCGCUGGCGUGCAGUUCGCCCUUGAUGCGUAUUUGGGCGUGCAGUUUUGGAUGUUUGGUGGUGGUGGGGAGGGGGUGGAAGAGGGGAUUAGGAGGAGGGAGGUGGAAAUGGUGGAGAGGGGGGAGAUGAGGCUUUCAUAGGACUUUCAUAGGAGUUGGAGUAGUAACAACGGUUGUAAUCUUGGGUUCUUCGGAGUGUCCCUUCUUUUUGGGCAUGCACUGGUGGUGGGAAUUUAUAUAGGCGUCUGGGAAUGCUAUGCGAAUGAAUAAAUACACAACAGGCGGAUGGCUAUUAAUGUGGGCGUAACGAGUUAGACUU